CACCGGUGCGGCGGGGCCGAGAACCCCUGUCCACUGUGACCGUCUUUUUGUUCACAGUGAGUGAUCUAGUGUAUUGUGUUGUGUCUACGCAGUAUGGAUACACUACCACAAUCAGCCCGUCAAUCAGUUCUCGAGGCUCCUUGACUUCGUCCCACGUCGUCUUCUAUGUCCUUGGCCCCGUUGCGGCUUGCCGUGGCUCUCCCCUUCAACAGUAGCGCCGUCCUGUCUGGGACACCGAGAAUCCCUACGGAUAUUCACUACCAGCUAAGAAACUUUGAAACUCUUCCCGUGGUCCAAUCUGAUCGACAGUUCUGGCAUCCUCGCUCCGUACUUCGUACCCCGCGCGACCUUGUCGAAGCGAAGCGAUGUGAUGUGAUGGCGUGUACAGUCCAGGCGUCUGGUGUCCUUGGGUUGUACGGUACGAAGUAGAAGCAUAGGCGUUGGCAUCUGCAUCGAAACGUGAGGCUGUUUCUUGGCGUGGUGGUUCAUGGUGCACUGCGUCCUUGGUGCAAAGUGCUCGCUCAUUACCGAUCAGAAACUGG